AUGACCGCGCCCGAUCUCUCCCGCUUCGACGAAGGCUCGAGCGAUGAGGACGAUUUCAUCGCUCGCGUGCGCGCGCGCGAGCUCGCCGAGGGCGCCGACGACGCGAGCGCCGCCGCCGACGCGUCGCCGCCGACGACGAGCGGCGGCGGCGGCGACGAUAAAACCGACGCCGACGCGCGCGUGAGCGCGAAUCGCGCGUCCAAGCUCGAACGCGCGCGAGAAAAGAAGCGCAAGGCCAAGCAAGCGCGCGCAAAACGGCGUAAACUGGAAGAGGGACGACCGCGAGGAACGGACGAGACGGAAGGCGGCGGCGACGCGGCGAACGCCGACGACGAAGACAAGGUGUUCCACGGCACGUUUAACGUCGAGGGCGUGGUGAUGAACGACGAAUUAGUGCUCGUGGAUAAAAAGUCUAAAGCCGUGUACUCGAGCACGGAGCGUACGGCGAAUGGGGAACACGUCAGGAUCGGGACGUGGGACGACGCGACGCAGAGCUAUACGUAUUGGAAACCGGCGGAGAAGAAAAAGGAUGAGAGAAAAGAGAAAGGGGCGGUUUUGAACGAGCGUGGGGAGACGAUACCGGCGAUCUUUAAGGGGAACGCGAAGUUAGCGGAAGAAUUUAAGGCGCCGGCGGAGGUAGAGCAUCCGUUCGAGACGGACGCGGACGACCACUGCGAGACGUCGCCUGAGGCGCACGAAAACGUAGCGAAUUUCUUAAAGGCGGCGUGCGGGCGCUUGAAUAAAACGCCCGCCGACCUGGUGAUUUAUGACCCUUACUACUGCGCCGGAGGUACGCGAAGGAACUUGGCUUUGAUUGGAUUCACGAACGUCAUCAAUCGCAACGAAGAUUUUUACAAAGUCAUCGAAGAGGGGCGCGUGCCCGAGCACGACGUCUUCCUGACAAAUCCACCGUACUCUGCUGACCACAUAGAGAAGUGCGUGACGUUUGCGGCAGAAAAUCUUGCUGCACACGGCCGUCCGUACAUGCUGCUCUUGCCCUCGUACGUCAUUCACAAGGAUUACUACCUGCCCGCGUUGCUCACGGGCGGCUCGCGAGGGAAGGAAAAGGCGAAAUCGCUCGAGCUUCAGCGCAAAGACGAGGAAAACAACGAAGAUGACGUCGAGGAGAAUGACGAUGGUAUCAAGCGUCACGGUGGUGGUGCCGCUCGAGCGCAAAUCUUGCCAUUCUACAUCGCGCCGAAGAAGCGUUAUUAUUAUUGGACACCCAAGGCGAUGGUGAAGGCGCGCGCCGCCAAAGGUCAAAGCGAAGAAAGCGCCAAGGCGCGUCGCAAGCGAACGCACAUAGGCGCCCUGGGUGAACGUACCUCACCGUUUCUGUCGUUCUGGUACUGCUGUUUCGGGUCGAUGCAGCGCGAUGUGUUGGCGUGGCACAAAAAGUUGCCUCGUAGCGAAGUUUGGGGGUACGUGGUGGCGCGACACCCGAACGAUUUGCCGCUCGCCGUGCUAGACGAAUGGGAUCCGCGCAGGAUCGCCGCCAUGGAAAAAGCCAAGGCUGAUGGAGUGGAAAUCCCGCAGCUUAGUUCGUACGCCGGUUUUACCGGCGCCGCGCAAUCCCCAGCCAAGAAGAAAUUCUACAAAUGAAAUCGUUUUACAAGCCUGCGUUUUAUAAUGCACAAAUGCCUAUAGAUAGAAUACAACACGAACACAUUAUCACU